UGAAACCAUCGGCAUGCCAGCCGCCUGCCUUCCUUCCUUCCUGCCUUCCCGCCUUCCUUCCGUCCUUCCUUCCUUCCUUCCGUCCUUCUUUCCGUCCUAAGCAGGGAGGUGACAGGAGGUCGGGACGUAACGGACGAGCUGCACACAUCAUCCCUGCUCCUCUUCUGAGUCGCGUGUGCUCUCCUCCAGACACCCGCAGGAACCGGUGCCGGAGCCAUGUGGCUGAUCGUGGUGGCCGCGCUGCUUCAGCGCAGCUCGGCUCACGCUGCGGAGCUGAAGAACCUGGACGGGCUGGCCAAAGCGAGAGUGGAGACGUGUGGUGGAUGACAGCUGAACAGGCUCAUAGAGGUCAAAGCCUUUGUGGUCCAGGACAUUCCUCUUUACCACAACCUGGUGAUGAAACACGUUCCUGGGGCCGACCCCGAGCUUGUCCUCCUGAACCACUAUUAUGAAGAGCUGGAUCGGCUCCCCCUGGCUGGCAUGAGUCGCUCCGAGAUCAACGGGCUGCUGGGCGAAUUGGGCUUCUACAAGAAGGCCAAGCCAGAGGACGAGGUGCCGGAGGAGUUCCGCUUCUCUCCAGCCAAAGACAGCCCGUUUAAAGACGAGCGGCCCUACAAGUCCUCCGUAGCCUCUCUCGCCACAGACAACGCCUCCUCAAAGCCCGGAGCAGACGCCACGCACACUGACCUGUAACCUGUCGUAGUGGUGGGGAGUGAAAUUCCCACAGUACCGCUAAGCCGAUCCACGUCCAGCUGGUUAAUGUACUUAAUGAAAGAAAUACUUGCCAUUUCAAAAUAAGACUCGCAUUUGAGCGUGGUCACUUUCUCCGCUUUGGCAAAAGGCCUCCAAAAGAUCCAGUCUUAAUUUGCACACAUUGUUCUGUUUGAUCUUAAUUUAGUAGCAAUAAUAGCCCAACAGUUUGCUUCGAGUGCUUUUUUUACUCUGUACACCAACUGGAAGUGUUUUAUUUAGUUUUUUGGUACAUUGCGUGUCAAUGUUCUUCAAAUAUUUGCCUUCUUGUCUUCCCCUUGUGUGUCCGAUUGCUUUCUACCUACUGGGAAACUGAAUGAAGCCUCAGGCUGAAAACUGUCUGACUGGCCUGAGGCUGAUGCUACACGUUCUGGUGGGUUUGACUGAUGCACACCAGAGGAAUGAAGAGCAGGAAAAUAAUAAAAUGUUCAGAAAAUGAA